UUCUGGCUCACGACUGCAGCGGCGGCCUUAGCAGCGGCAAUAGACGCAACAACGGCGACUGCAGGGAAGACGACGACGGCUGGGCGGGCGCUGUGCGCAAAGGGGAGGGGUAGGCGGGCGGCGCCGGCGGCUUCAACUGCGGCAGCUACGGCUAGGGCGACGGAAGAAGAAUCUCCAGCAGCCGGCGGUUGAGUUAGGCCUAAGCAGCGCCCGGAGCCGCCCGCACUGUCCUCUGCGGGGGAAUCUACACAGAGACGGUGACAUACACAGAGGCUGGGGUCCGCGGGAGGCUGCCGGACCGGAGCCAGCUACUCGGCCUCUGUCGCCGCCACCCCCUUCCCUGCCGCCAGCGCGCGUUCUCUCUCCGCUCCUGCUCGCAGCCCCGCGAUUCCUGGUGUGCCUGUGCCCCGCUGUGUGGGCAGCGCGUGCGUACUUUUGGGCUGGGGCCGGGCGGGGGGGGCUCUAAGGCCGUCUCUGCCUCUCCCGCCCCGGAGGGGGAAGCCGCGGAGGCUCACGCCAUGGCCUCGGGAGCUGGAGGCAUAGGAGGGGGCGGUGGCGGCAAGAUCCGGACUCGGCGUUGCCACCAGGGGCCAAUUAAACCUUACCAGCAGGGGCGACAACAGCACCAGGGCAUUCUCAGCAGGGUUACAGAAUCUGUUAAGAAUAUUGUGCCAGGAUGGUUACAGAGAUACUUCCACAAGAGUGAAGACGUAUGUAGCUGCUCAACAGACACAAGAGAGGUGGCACAGUGGCCGGAAAAUAGGGAAGAUGACCAUAUAAUAUAUGCUGAUGAGGAGAACCCUAACAUUCAUGAUGGGAGAAGCACUCCUGAGCCAACAGUCAGUAAUACAGAAGAACCCUCAACAACUAGUACUGCUUCAAAUUAUCCAGAUGUAUUAACAAGGCCUUCUCUUCAUCGGAGCCAUCUGAAUUUCUCCAUGUUGGAAUCUCCUGCGUUACACUGUCAGCCCUCCACAUCUUCGGCAUUCCCAAUUGGCAGUUCUGGAUUUUCCCUCGUAAAGGAAAUUAAAGAUUCUACCUCUCAGCAUGAUGAUGAUAACAUCUCAACCACCAGUGGUUUUUCUUCAAGAGCUUCUGAUAAAGAUAUAGCUGUUUCAAAGAACACUUCAGUGCCACCUCUGUGGUCCCCAGAGGCUGAACGUUCUCAUUCACUCUCACAGCACACUGCCACCAGCUCAAAAAAACCAGCAUUCAACUUGUCUGUCUUUGGAACACUUUCUCCUUCGCUUGGGAAUUCUUCAGUUCUUAAAACAAGUCAGCUUGGAGAUUCUCCUUUUUACCCUGGAAAAACGACAUAUGGUGGGGCAGCAGCUGCUCUAAGACAGUCUAAACUACAAAACACACCCUAUCAGGCACCAGUCAGAAGACAGAUGAAAGCUAAGCAACUGAACGCACAAUCCUAUGGUGUGACUAGUUCAACAGCUCGGAGGAUAUUGCAGUCUUUAGAGAAGAUGUCAAGCCCUCUAGUGGAUGCAAAAAGAAUUCCAUCUGUUUUUUCUUCUCCUCUGAAUUCCCCUCUUGAUAGGAGUGGGAUAGAUACCACCACAAAUUUUCAGGCCAGAAGGGAAAAGGUGGACUCUCAACACCCCCCUGUUCAGAGACUCAUGACCCCAAAGCCAGUUUCCAUAGCAGCAAAUCGAACUGUUUAUUUUAAACCAUCUCUGACCCCAUCUGGUGAAUUAAGGAAGACUAAUCAAAGAAUAGAUAAAAAGCACAGUACUGGAUAUGAAAAAAAUAUGACACCAGGACAAAAUAGAGAACAGCGAGAAAGCGGCUUUUCUUACCCAGAUUUCAGUGUGUCUGCAGCCAAUGGUUUGUCUUCUGGAGUAGGUGGUGGAGGUGGGAAGAUGAGGCGAGAGAGGACGCGCUUUGUGGCAUCUGAACCUCAAGAGGAGGAGGAAAUGGAAGUCCCAGUAUUACCGAAAAUCUCUCUACCCCUCACCAGUUCUUCACUGCCUACCUUCAAUUUUAGUUCUUCUGUGAUUACAACUUCCUCUCCAUCACCCACUACUCCUUCACAAUCAUUAACAAACCAGGUACAAAUGACCUCUCCAAACAGCACUGGCAGCCCCUUGUUUAGAUUUUCAUCUCCAAUUGUAAAAUCUACUGAGGCAGAUGUACUACCUCCAUCAUCUAUUGGAUUUACAUUUAGUGUGCCCGUGGCAAAGACAGCAGAACGUUGUGGCACUAGUAGUGCCUCAGAGCCACUUACAAGGAGUUCAGCUCAAGAUAUCACUGCAGUGAACAGUCCAAGCUGUAAGAAGAAACCAGAUGAAGAUUUCAAGGGCCCUUUCAAACCUGCAAAAACCCUGAAAGAAGGAAGUGUCCUAGAUGUUCUGAAGAACCCUGGUUUCACAUCACCAAAGGCAGAUUCUCUUGCUGCUCAACCUACCACCACAAGCCUGGUAGUUUAUUCAAGACCAGCAAUAAGUAGCUUUUCUUCUAGUGGAAUUGGGUUUGGGGAAAGUUUAAAACCUGGGUCAUCGUGGCAGUGUGAUACCUGUCUACUCCAGAACAAAGUUACAGACAACAAAUGUGUAGCCUGUCAAGCAGCAAAAUUGCCGCCAAAAGAUACUGCUAAACAGACUGGAACUGGGACACCAAGUAAAAGUGGCAAACCAACUGUUUCUGCACCAGAGACAGGCUUUGGAGACAAAUUUAAACCAGCAGUAGGAACUUGGGAUUGCGAUACCUGUUUAGUGCAAAAUAAACCUGAAGCGGUAAAAUGUGUAGCUUGUGAAACACCGAAACCGGGAACUGGUGUUAAGCGAGUCCUUACGUUGCCAGUGGCUUCAGAAAGCGCUGUUACUGUGGCUGCUUCCUCCUCCAGCUGCACUGAGACCACUGGUGCCUUAGGAUUUACAGAUAAAUUCAAAAGGCCCGUGGGAUCUUGGGAGUGUCCAGUGUGCUGUGUUUCUAAUAAUGCAGAAGACAAUAAAUGUGUGUCCUGUAUGUCUCAGAAACCAGGAAGUUCAGUACCUGCUUCAAGUAGCAGCACUGUCUCUGUCUCUCUGUUGUCUGGAGGCUGCCUAGGAUUGGACAAGUUCAAGAAACCUGAGGGAAGCUGGGACUGUGAAGUGUGCCUAGUGGAGAAUAAAGCAGAUUCUAACAAAUGCGUAGCAUGCGAGAGUGCAAAGCCGGGCACAAAGUCUGAGUUUACAGGCUUCACCCCAUCUUCCUCAUCUUCGAACCCAGCAGCCUCAUCCUUCAAAUUUGGUAUCCCAUCAUCCUCUUCUGGGCCUUCUCAGACUUUAACAAACACUGGAAAUUUUAAAUUUGGAGAUCAAGGAGGUUUCAAAAUAGGUGUGUCAUUAGAUUUUGGGUCUGUAACCCCUUUGAGUGAAGGCUUUAAAUUUUCUAAACCAAUAGGAGAUUUAAAAUUUGGAGUUUCAUCUGAUUCUAAACCUGAAGAAGUUAAAAAGGAUAGUAAAAAUGAUAAUAAUUUUAAGUUUGGACUUGCUUCUGGUUUAAGCAAUCCGCCUUCUUUAGCUCCAUUUCAGUUUGGGGUGUCUAGUCUUGGGCAGCAAGAAAAGAAAGAAGAACCGCCGAAAUCUUCAUCUGCAGGCUUUGGCUUUGGUUCCGGUGUCAUUAACCCUCCCCCUGCUGCUACUGACACCACAGUGACCUCUGAGAGCAAGAGCAGCUUCAGUUUUGGAACCGUGGACACCAAGGGUGUCCCAGGGGCUCCUUUCACAUGUCAGACGCCAGAAGCAAAAAAAGAAGAAACCCCUGCCUCCAAAGGAGGGUUCACUUUUGGCAGCGUGGACCCUGCCCCCCUGCCAUCUGCCUCGUUGUUUGUUUUGGGAAGGACAGAAGAGAAACAGCAAGAGCCUGUCACGUCUACAUCUCUAGUGUUUGGGAAAAAAGCUGACAGUGAAGAGCCAAAGUGUCCACCAGUGUUUUCCUUUGGGAACUCAGAGCAAACCAAAGACGAGGGUUCUUCCAAGUCUUCGACCUUUAGUUUCAGUAUGGCAAAGCCAUCUGAGAAGGAAUCUGAACAGCCAACGAAGGCCACUUUUGCUUUUGGAGCUCAAACCAGUACUACAGCUGAUCAAGGUACAGCAAAGCCAGUUUUCAGUUUCUUGAACAACAGUUCCUCUAAUUCAAGUACACCAGCCACUUCAGCUGGUGGUGGCAUAUUUGGUAGUUCCACCUCAUCCUCCAGUGCGCCUGCGGCUGCCUUUGUGUUUGGACAGGCCAACAGUCCUGUGAGCAGCUCUGCCUUUGGGAACUCUGCCGAAUCCAGUACAUCUCAGUCUUUGCUAUUUUCUCGAGAGAGCAAACCAGCAACCACGUCGAGCGCGGGCACAGCUGUCGCCCCAUUUGUCUUUGGUCCGGGUGCCAGCAGCAGUGAUACUGCCGCCUCUGGUUUCAGCUUUGGAGCUCCCACCACAUCGAGCUCUGCAGGAUCCUCCUUUGUAUUCGGCACUGGACCUUCAGCACCAUCUGCCAGUCCAGCGUUCGGUGCUAACCAGACCCCAGCAUUUGGACAAAGCCAAGGUGCCAGCCAGCCUAACCCCCCAGGCUUUGGGUCUCUGUCAUCUUCAGCAGCAUUAUUUUCUGCUGGCUCUCAGCCUGCGGCACCUACUUUUGGGACAGUGUCGAGCAGCAGCCAGCCUCCUGUGUUUGGACAGCAGCCUAGUCAGUCUGCAUUUGGCUCAGGAACAGCUCCUAAUUCCAGUUCUGUUUUCCAGUUUGGCAGCAGCGCUACAAAUUUCAACUUCACAAACAAUAAUCCAUCAGGAGUGUUCACGUUCGGCGCAAAUGCCAGCACACCUGCAGCCGCAGCCCAGCCCUCUGGCUCGGGGGGCUUUCAGUUUAGCCAGUCUCCAGCGGCGUUUUCUGUGGGGUCAAAUGGGAAAAACUCAUUCUCUCCUGGAACUGCAGUUUCUGGUCGCAAGAUAAAGACUGCUGUUAGACGCAGGAAAUAAAGAUCUUGAUGGUGUUAUACACACUGUUUUAACAACAGCUGGUGCCCUACUUUCAGAUUCUGGAUUGUACUACGUGCUGGGUUAUCUGAGGUCAGAUCUUUAAUUUUGGAAUUUUCCUCCUUUUUUCUUUACAGAAGCCCCAACCUCACCUCUCCCACCCCCUUUUAAAAAAAUAAUAGCUAGACUGGUGACUUAUUCUUCAGCAAAAAUGUUUUAUGAUCCAGCAAAUUAUUCACUGGUUUGGCAUAGGCUGGCUGAACCCAGGAAUCAAGCCCGCUCAAGAGAAUGGCUUUGUAUACAACCUCUUUUUCUGCACCACCAUGUGCGUUGAUAUGCGUUUUAUGGAACGCAUUGAAAUUGUAAUUAUAUCUGAGGAAUUCUGUAUAGAUUAGAGGAUGUUGAAAUGAAUGAUUUCUAUGCUGAGUUUGUGCUGGUGUAUGUGUGAAGUGAGUGAGUUGGGUGUAUUGUGCACUAAAAUUUUCUGAUAGAGGAAGCCUGAUUAAAGAAUGGUCCAUGCUAAGGAGUUGUUAGAUCUAGUUCGUUCUCCAUUUAAUAAUUAUAUGCUAUUUCUAUAUUGGCAUUCUUCUGACUAUCACCUGUCUUGCCUUUUUCAUUAUUUUAUUAUGAAACUUGUGUAAAUACAAUUUUGUUUCUGUACUUUUUUGGCAUAACAUAAAUCUGUGAACUUGAAAUUUUAAUUUUGUGUUAGAAAGUUUUUUUCGUUGUUUAGUCUUGUCUCAGAUUUUAUUAUGUAAAUCCCAUUAUUCAAAGUUGCCUAAAUCCAUUUGGAAAUCUUUAAAAAAAAAAAAAUUGGGGAUUCUUAAAGUGAGUUUAUUGGCUUUUCUGAUCCAGUUUUUGUUUGGACCAAAAACCAGUAUUGUACAAAGUAUUAAGCAUAUAUUUUUAUAUUUACUGAAAUGGACUGUGGUGACUUUGGAUAAUAAGGAAAAGUUUAAUAUUAAAGCCAUGUUUAUUACAGUAUAAUUAACAUGUUAAACCAUGGGAUAAAUGCCAUCAAUAAAAAGUUAUGAAAUA